UGUUCACAAAUUAAAUAAAUAGGGAGCUGCAGCCUUCCCCAGAACCAAAUCACUCUGCUCACACUCCUUCUCGCAUACACCGUGGUCAUACCAUCCAGAAGCUCUAUUCACCAUGAAAGUCGCCGUUGUUUUCGCCUGCAUCUUGGGGGUGGCCCUCUGUGCCACGAUCCCUCAGUACAUUGAGUUGGAGAUUAAGCAGGCACCAGGGGUUGCUGCUGCUCCUGCAUCUGGAGCUACCAUUCAGCAAAUCCUUGAUGCUCUGCAAGCCGCUCGUGGCCCCGGUGCCGCCCCUAUGCUGGUGAAACAGGAGAUCCCUCAGCCCGCUGGCAGAGAGAGCCUUGAAGUCUUCUAUGCCCUGGGUGGUGCCGCCGCAGCCCCCGCAGCUCCUGCCCCCGCUGCCCCCGCCGCCCCUGUUGUUCCCGUUGUAGUGGCACCCGCCGCACCUGCCGCCCCAGCUGCCCCUGCUCCUUCCAGCGAUGAUGAUGAGGAGGAAGACGAGUAAACUACUUUUUAUCCGUCCAUUUCCUUAACACUGGUACCGAAGACCCAAGACAACGAUGUGACCUGAUAGCUGCUUCAUCUUCAUCUUUUCUGACCUGUUGAUGCAGUGCACUCUGCUCUGAUGUGGAUGACCUACAAUGUGGUGCUAUGUUCCUUACUUCCUGGCUCCCACCGGAAGCCAUUAAGCUCAUUCUGUUGCCUUUUUUUUAUACCGCAGUUUGUUUUGACAGUUUUAUAAAAAAAAUAAAUCUU